AAGCGAAUUUGGGGAAGUUACCAAGCUUUUCCAGAGUGAAUUUGUUGUUUGGUUUCUGGUUUCGUGGAGCAGUCCUCGGGUCGGGCGGGGUGAGCUUCAAGGGUUCGAACUUUAAUUCAACUCAUUUGCUGACCGCAACAAACUGAGGAUCGCCUCAUCUUUCAUGCAGCUGAAUGUUGGGAUUCUAUUUCUUCUCAGCCCAAACUAAAUGGCAAACUACAUCAAAGGAACUCUUCUCAUCAUCAUCAUCUCUAUGUGUGUUUUAGUACUUUUUAAUUUUAGAUCACGCAGCACAAAUAGGUUCAUCCCUACACCACGUAGGCCCCAGCCUGAUUGCACAUCAUUAGUCACUGAGCAGGCAAUCACUCCUCUUAAAAACACCAAGCACCUACUAGUCUCAGCCUUCAUGGACCACAGACUGAAUGGUUUUGAUAUACGGAUCAUUGGCAUGUUUCAUAGAAACUCCAUCCAGCCACUUCACUGCCUUUACUGCUGUUCCGGCCAUUUAAGUGGAACUACUUCUGCAAAUACUUUACAACAUACGGACCACUUUGGUUUCCCCUUUGGUGCUACAGACGUCAUGUGUCAGACACCUGAAAACUGUGAAGCUUCACAUGUUACCCUUUUGACUCAGCCCACUACAGUGGAUGUAUCUGAUCUCAGCUGGAUUCCUAUAAAAAACAAGAAAACCAGUGCAAAGGAGGACAAAAUGCUUAAUUUCACUGUCUGCAUUUCCAACCUGUUUGGAGACUACAACAACGUGCUUCAGUUUGCACAGACUCUGGAGAUGUACAGGUUACUUGGAGUUAACAGAGUGGUGAUCUAUAACACCAGCUGUGGCCCAGACCUUGACCGUCUUCUGCAGAGUUACGCCCAGGAGGGGUUUCUGGAAGUAGUUCCUUGGCCCAUCGACAAGCACAUGAAUCCAUCUCGUGGCUGGCAUUUCCCAGAACAUGGAGGUGAUAUCCACUACUUUGGCCAGCUAACCACACUGAACGAGUGCAUUUACAGAUCCAUGGAGCGUUCACGCUACGUCCUGUUGAAUGACAUUGAUGAGAUUGUCAUGCCAUAUAAACACGACAACCUGAUGUCUCUGAUGGACACGCUGCAACCACAGCAUCCAGAUGUUGGUGUUUUUCAGAUUGAAAAUCACAUCUUUCCCAAAAAUCACUAUGAGCCAAGUGGAAAGUUUCAUCUGCCUCAGUGGAGAGGAGUACCAGGAAUUAAUAUUCUGGAGCACAUUUACAGAGAAGACCCUGCAAGAAACAUAUACCAUCCAUACAAGAUGAUAGUUCAACCAAGGAUGGUGGAGCAGACUUCUGUCCAUGAAGUUCUCAAGUAUUUUGGACAAACCUACAGAGUCCCGUUAGAGGUGUGUCGUCUGAUUCAUGUUCGUGUGGCUCUGCGUGGAUCAUUGACUCUCGAGCAGCUCAAUGUGGACAAACGACUGUGGGACUUCCAGGAGAAACUUAUUUCUAAUGUGGACAAGGUUCUGGGCAAGUUGGGGUUUUUGAUGUCUGAGAAUUGAAGCUGAUGGACAAGAACUGGUGAUGUUGUAAGUUAAAGCUGUUGAUUGCCACAGACAAAAGAGGCUUUUGAAUGUCUAUUCUUGGUAAUCGCUGAGUGGGACAUGACCAUGUAACGCUGUACUUUCUAGGUCUGCAGCUGUGUACUAAUGUGGAAUUCAAAGAGGGGGAGGUGGGGUUUGAAACCCAGCUCCAUGGACUCCUUCCUAUACUACGUCUAUUCCCUCUGGAAUAACUAUGAUGAGGAGACCAUGUAUUAUAAACUACAAAUUAAACUAAAACAAACGUUGAAACCA